AUGCUCGCAGCAGCUUACAGAAACGUCUGCAGGCACUCCAACACGCACAAGGCACUCCUGAAAAGCUUCACAGUCUCAAAAUGUGCGCGUCACUUCUCUAUAACGCCCAAACUUGAUCCUACUAUUCGUGAAUUCGUGUCUUGUCUGGCUCAGAAACAACCGAGCUUCAGAGUAUCGUCGAAAGAUGUGCAUGUACUCGCGCAGCCUUCUGAAUUCUACACAAACCUACUCAACAUCAUCCGCCGUGCACGCCGGCGGAUAUUUCUGUCGUCAUUAUACAUUGGUUUCUCAGAGACAGAACUGAUAGAUACUUUAGACGAUGCACUUCGGAGAAAUCCAGGUCUGCACCUCUACUUGAACUUGGACUACAACCGCUCAACUCGACCUGGCCCAUCAUCUCCCAUUCUCUCCCUUCUUCCCCUUCUCCGGAACCACGAGCACAGAGUACAUAUAUCCCUCUUUCGGAGUCCAAAGCUCAGCGCAACGAUGGGAAAGAUAGUCCCCCCUCGAUUCAACGAAGGCUGGGGUACCUGGCAUGCUAAAAUCUACGGCUCAGACGACGAAGUCAUGAUCAGCGGAGCAAACUUGAACAAGGCAUAUUUCUCAAACAGACAAGAUCGCUAUCUGCAUUUCAGCGCCCAACCCGCUCUCGCAGAUUACUGUUUCUCCUUCUUGCAGACCGUCUCUGGGUUUUCGUAUCGCGUGCUGGCAGCGUCAGAUGGACAUGGACCGGUUCUUCAUUGGGAAGACACGUCUGUUUCGCCUUGCCGGAUUCAGGCAAAGGCGGAACGUGUGUUGUCACAGUUUCAAAUGAAACAUCUCCUUUCUUCUCCCAGCAGUACUAGUGAAGAGCACGCAAAUUCGGAUGUAGUCAUCUUUCCUGUUAUCCAAGCUGGGCAGUUCAAUAUCCGAGAGGAGGAGCUUGCGUUGUCGAUGCUCUUCGAUCACCUGUCAUCUCGCGAACGCAUUGGCAAACAACCUGUCAUGGAUCUAACAAGUGGCUACUUUGGGUUAUCCAGAGAAUACCAGGAUCUGAUCUUGAAAUCCGACAUUGGAUGUAGUAUCAUAGCAGCUAGCCCGAAGGCAAAUGGUUUCUACGGGUCUGGUGGCUUGUCUGGGCUCAUCCCUGAAGGAUAUACUUUAUUGGAGCAACGCUUUAUGUCGGCUGUAAGAGCCGCGAGCCGAUCUUCUCCUUCGAAUGUUCCAGACGGUCGUAAUAUCAGCCUUGGAGAGUGGGAGAGGGAUGGUUGGACAUAUCAUGCGAAAGGGAUUUGGCUCUCUCCUUCAGUGGACUCACCGCCAGUACUUACGCUUUUUGGGUCGACGAACUUGAACUCACGUUCAGCGAACCUUGACACAGAGUUGUCUUUCGUGAUGGCGACUUCGUCUGACGAUCUGCGUCAGAAAUUGCAUGAGGAAGUUCAGGGACUGAACCGGUGGGCGGUGCCUUGGAGGGGCGGAGAAAGAAAGGUCAGGUGGCGCACGAAGGCCAUUGUGGGUCUCGUUGGUGGGAUGUUGUAG